AUGGCAUCUCCACGCCGCCGCGGCCCUGGCCCCGCCAUAGCAGCGGGAAUGACCCCCAUUCACAAUGCUCAGCCCGCCACUCCUUUCUCUACCCCCACCUCCAGGUCCACAGGUCGUUCCACCGGUCGUUCGAUUGCCCGCGAUCUUCUCCCCCCGCCUACCCCACUACCAAUGCAUCCAGCAGAUCAAUACCCCGCUGGAAAGAUCCUCUCCACGGCUGCAACAGCAUUCGCCCUGAAAGCAUACCUCGAAACCCUCCUCCAUGGUCUGGGGUGGGACCCUGCGGCUAUGACUGUGCAGGACUUCGUAACACAGUAUUCGUGGCUGUUAUCCGAGGAAUUGGACACAACGCCUGAGAGAGCUGCCGCGAUAUUUCUGGAGAUCUUCGACAAGACUACUCCAGAUCUUAGGGCAGUAUGCCAUGCGAUUAUCGGAGUGGAAGACAAGUUGAGGUGCUCGAGGGAGACCAGCAAGGCAAUAAGACACCUAUUUAAGAGAAAUCAUGAGGUAACGCCUGAGACAAUGUUGGAGAUUGGUGGUGAUAAGCUAGACGAGAAGGUUGGGAGCGCCACAUUGAAAGGUAGGAAGGAGGGCUUGGGUGGUGGAGUUGCUAUCUGGAAGAGGAUCUUUGGUGGGUUGUUCAGGGAAAUGUUUGGGAAGAAGAAGAAGGGGAAAGGAAAAGAGUGGGAACAGUAA